UUUAUACUAAACAAGUUUCACCUUUGUGUGCUCUAUAGAAACCUAACAAUUAUUAAAAUAAAGAAUAUAUACGGAUUAGUAUGUUUCAUAACUGCUUUGUAUACAUACAUCCAGUUUAAUCCUACAAUUGCACAUUUUGUUGCAUACUGGAAACAUAGGCGGACGGUAUACAUUAUAUAUUGAAGAACAGGCAAUCUGCACAUGGUUUGAGUCAUUUUGAGAAGAGUUCCGUAUGAAUUGGAUAAACUCGACCUACUACAUCGUGCUUUGAAUGCAAUUUGUAUAUUGUAAAUUACCAUUCUCUGGGAAAUAUCUUUGUCUUUAUUAUUGAUGUAAUUCUCAGAAAAGUUAAAUGAACUAUGAUUAUACAACUAUUAACUAGAACAAAAUGUACUCGAUGUACUGUUAUGGUUGAAUAAGGAUAUUAAAGACAAAUUUUAAUUUUAGAAAAAAUGGCCGAAUCCAAUUACGAUGGAGUAGAAGUUAGAAUUAAAAACUGCAGCCGAGACAGAGACAACUACGAUAGAUUGUUGUCAGUCUUUCACACUGGAACAGAGGUUAAGCGAUGUCUACUUGAACAUUUCCUCCGAGGGAAAAAAAUCAAUUUGUUUGAUUGGUUAACUAAUUUGGAUGAGAAUUUUCUCCAGUUUGAAGAUGUACAACGUGCUGUCAGAAGAUCGGCUGUCAUUCAAGUGACGGAUUUGGAAUCGAGUACUAUUAACACACUUCUAAAGAAUAACUGUUUCCUAAUGUUCUGGAAUAUUUGUUUGCAAAAUAAUAAACUUGAAGAUAUUUUAAAUAGUCAUAAAGCAGUUCUAUCUUCAAUUUACGAAAAUGCCGGAAUCAAUCAAACAUUCUCUUCAUUGUCUACAGAGUAUUAUAAGCCAAGGUUAACGACAACACAGUGGAAACUACUCUUUAAGACAGACGACCAGUCAGAAAUCAACAGAGAAAGAAAUUGUCACUCUAUUUCUGCGUCCAAAGAUAUCACAUUAUCUAGUUUAGACAAUGAGCUGAAUUUUGUAUUGCUAUACACAAUUUGUCCAUUGUUUAAAUCAGUCGAUGUCGUCUCAGAAUGCCAGAUUCAAAUAACAAAAAUCGCAGUCUUUAAAUCCGAAUUACAAAAGCCUGCAUUUGACGAAAUAUGGGACAAAAUAAAAGCGCACAUACAGAUGAUAGGCGGUCAAUGUAAUCUUUCUGAAUACUUCAAGCAUAAAUGUGACACAAUACAGCAAACUAUAUUUAACAGAACCGUAUCACAGGAAAGCCGGAAAUGUAUUUUAGAGGACGCUUUUAAAAUUCCAGAUUUCAUUAAGGAUAAUACUUUUUGUUAUUGCGUACGGACGGAACUUGACAAUAUGAUCUAUGAAGACAAUCUUAAUUUAUCAAGGACCCUGUGUGGUAGGGAAAUACCAAUUGUACUAGUGAAAGCAAAAUACACAAAAGGUGCAUAUGCACUCGGCGUACUAGAGCAAGCAGAUAAAGACAAGGAUAUUCGCGCAUCUUUUUUCAGUAACCAGGAUGGCAGAGAAUAA